AACCAGUGAACUAUCGGCUAAAGAGGGAGGCAACCUGUUGCUGUGCAGAGGCUGCGGGAUCGAAUCUUGAGAUUGACAACACAUUUUCAUUUUCCUUUUUUUUUUUAAUAUAUAUGAUUUAUAGCGACAGAAUAAUUUUCACUGAAGUUAGCGCAUCUUUUUGGUCUUCAUAUAAUAUAUAUAUAGUUGACAAACCAAAAUAUACCAAAUCAAGCUUGUCCCGAUAUAAGGAAGCUAAAGCCACUCGCCCAUUACAUCGAACUAUGUUUAAUAGGCUAACUUUUUAAAAGUAGCACGUAAAUUAAGUCGUUUUGUGUUGUCCCAAACCGCGCGUUUUGGUGCGACACAUGGCGUUUAAAAAAAAAAAAAGAAAAAAAAAAAGAAAAAAGAAGAAGAAGAAGCUGUUUUGUCUGUUAAGGAGAGUUAAGGCCGCUCGCUUCUUUAGCAGUGAAUUAUAGUUUAACGAAGGUGAUCAGCUGCCGAUGCUGUUGGAUCGAAUCCUGGACUUGGCAACUAUUUUUUCAUUUUACUUUUUUCUUUUAAUUACUUAUAGUGACAGAAUUUUCAAGAAAUUCCAAGGACUCGUUUUCAACAUACUCAUAAAUUUUCAGUGAGUGUAAUUAAAUGUUCCUUCCAGAGACAGUAGAUGGCAAUAACUCCCCCUUUGUCAUGAUUGCGGCUAAAAUAACAGUAGAAGAAGAAAGUGAUGACGUAGGUGUUUACGUUGCUCUACUUCCGUAGCUCCUUGGUAGCGAAGAGGCGGCUUUUCUAACCCGACCCUAAAUUCCAAAUUUGACAGAGCACCUUCGGUCAUGUUAGCUAUCAUUAAAUAUUUAAGCAGAGAUGUUUAAUAUAUCCAUAUUUAAGCAUUUGAACGUCUUCUAUUGGCACUGCCUCGCUUGUUGUUCUCAUUAGUCACAAACUAAGCUAACGCUAGGGAUAACUUAGCAGUGCGUCAGUGGACAAAAUUUCCUCCAUCAUCGGCUGAUCUACACUGUUAAUUAGACCUCAAGCAAGGCAGUCAUGGCCACUCGGCGUCUGACAGAUGCCUUCUUGUUAAUGCGGAACAAUGCAAUCCAAAAUCGGCAGAUAUUGGCUGAGCAAGUGAGUACAUACGAGCCCCGUCUGAGUACACGUAGCAAUGCUGCGGAGCUCGAUGAGUUGGCUGAUGAUCGGAUGGCUCUGGUGUCUGGCAUCAGUCUGGACCCUGAGGCUGCCAUUGGAGUCACAAAAAAAUUGCCCCCCAAAUGGGUAGAUGGUGUUGAUGAGAUUCAGUAUGAAAUCACUCGGAUUCAGCAGAAGAUGAAGGACCUGGCUUUGCUCCAUGACAAACACAUGAACCGUCCCACGCUGGACGACAGCAGUGAGGAGGAACACGCCAUAGAAAUAACCACUCAAGAGAUCACGCAGAUGUUCCAUCGAUGCCAGCGAGCGGUGACGGGUUUGCAGUCUCGCUGUGGUCAUUGCACUGAGCAGGAGGAGAGGCUCCUGAGAAACGUGGUGUCCUCUCUGGCUCAGAGCCUUCAGGACCUCUCCACCAACUUUAGGCACACACAGUCCGGCUACCUAAAACGUAUGAAGAACCGGGAGGAGAGAUCAAAGCACUUUUUUGACUCAGGACCUUUAAUGGAAGAGGAUGAAGAUUUAGCUCUUUAUGACAAGGGCUUCACAGACGAUCAGUUGAUGCUGGUGGAUCAGAACACGGUUCUGGUUGAAGAACGAGAGCGGGAGAUUCGACAAAUAGUUCAAUCCAUCUCAGAUUUGAAUGAGAUCUUCCGGGAUCUGGCAGGAAUGGUGGUGGAGCAGGGAACUGUUCUAGAUAGAAUCGACUUCAAUGUGGAACAGGCUUGUGUUAAAACAGAAGACGGACUGAAACAGUUACAAAAGGCGGAACAGUAUCAGAAGAAAAACAGGAAGAUGCUGGUCAUUUUGAUCCUUUUUGUCAUAGUUAUUGUUCUAAUUAUUAUUCUUUUUGGAACAAAGUUUUAGCAAUCCAUUCCUCUGGCUGGUUUCUGGUUGUUGUGCAUUUGUGUCGACCUGGACUCAAUUUUAUUGCAAGACGAGUUGUCUGCCGUCGAAAAGGAACACAACUUCAAAUAUAUUCUGACUUUGCAGGUGUUCUUUAAACUUUGGGGAUGUUUCUUUGCUUGCUUUAUAAUUAAAAGUCUGAGUUGCUGUUGCUUUUUUUAUCAAGUGACAGCCCAGAUUAUCACAGAAGUCCGUUCGGGCCCGACUGCGUUGACUUCCUCGUGUCUUAAAGAAAAAAACAUUAGGUGUGUGGAAAUGCACUACCAGUGUUGAACAGCUGCUUAAACUCAAUGCUGUAUUUACACACAUCAAUCAUCCAGACAUGUUGGCAAGAACUAACAUUAUUUGUGAAAAACACUGUUUUUUUCUCCUCCUCAGUAUUUUACACUGAAGCUUCAAAGAAUGUUUUAGAGCCGAACUGAGUCGCAUUAGAACUUUCGUUUAGGACCAAAAAUCUUUAAAACAAAAAAAAGAUUAAGGGCCAAGUGUUUUAUUUAAGUUAGACUUUAUCAUUUACUUUUCUCCACCCAGUCCUGCAAAUUUGAUUCAUGAACACUUUUGAAACGCUCAUUUUUAAAAUGUUUUCUGUAGUCCUUGCUGAAAGUGCUACUUUUCUUUAUACUCUUGCAGUUUGCACAUAUUUAGACCUACGGGGAGUAUAAUGUGUUAUGGAUGUUAUCCUACUGUCCUGAAUGACAAUUAGAAUAAUUUAUUUUCUGAUAUCAUCAUAUAUUUUGCAGUUUUCUGUUUUCGGGCAGAUUUACUGGAUAUUGAGUAGUGUGUCUGUGUGUGUUUAUGAACCUGAAGAUUAUGAUUCACUCCAGUGAACAGAACUGUGACGUAGUACUACAAGUGCAGCCUUAUAAUUUAACUUUGUUUGGAAGACACAUUUGCUUUGGAUGUGAUCUGUUGACAUUUAUUGAUCUGUUUUGUGUUUUUGAAGACUGAUCACAUGAAGAAAAGCUUUACUGUCUGUCCUGGGUCCUGUUGAAUUAUUUUUGUCAUUGUAAAGGUUUUUUUUUUUAAGCAUCAAUUUAAAUGUCUAAUGGUACUAAACAUUUGUCUUGGUUUUCAAAGCAAAAUGAAAGAGCAAAAACGUUUCCUUUUUAUAAAUAAAUGGUUAAAAUGACAA